AUGCAUUUACAAGAUUUUUACCUUGAAGUUUUGGUAAAUGGGAAUCCUUUACCGGAAUACAAUCUUCCGGUUGAUGAAUCUGAUCAGUUAAAUAGUACUUGCGUUUCUUAUGUUACGGAUCCAUUAACCCAAACAAAAACAUGCAGCAACUUUACAACGUAUAUUCCGGUUAUAACCCCAGGAGAACGCUAUACAAUUAGAGCGGAAGCUAAACAAGCAAGUCCAUCCAACAUUAUAAUUUCACGUUUAUAUAUAGAUGGACAGUUUGAUCAGGUACAAUUACUUCACCAACAUCAAAGCUCAAGAAUAAGGUCAUACUUCAUUAAUCAUGAAAGAAAUAAAGUUUAUUUCUUUAAAUUCGCCAGUACAUCUCAAUUUGAUAAAAAAGAUGAUGGUGUUUUCAAAGUCCCAUUUCCAGUUAAAAAACAUCCAAACAAGCAAAGUCAAAUUAUAUAUGGGAAACCUGGUAUUGUUACCGUUUGUUUUUUCAAAGGAAUAAUUGUUGACGAAAGUGCCUUACAGAAUAAACCAGAAUUCGAAGUUAAACAAGUAAAGAUUAAAGAGACGAUUGAUAAUAAUAAUAAGGAUAUUGAUUUUACGACUAGUUUUGAUGCUAUGGAUGCAAAAAUUCAACCUUCAAUUGUAACUAAAAUUGUUAAUUUAAACCCCAUAGCUGUGUUACAUCUUCACUAUCGUUCUGUAGAUUGGUUGACUAAUAGAGGGUUUUCUUUACCAAUUUUAUGUACCGACAAAGUAAAAAAGGAAGAGAUUGUAAAUUCGAAUACCAAUGAGGAUGAAAAUAGUUUUGCAAAUGAUUUUCAGGAAAUCAUUGUUGAACCAAUUGACGAGUUUUCAAAAGAAAUGCCAAUAAAUAUGAUAAUUGAAAAUAAUAAUGCAGAACCAACCAAAAUAAUUCUAGAGAAAUCUCAAGAAAUACUGGAUAUCAAUGUUGUUGAACAAAUGAAUGAAGACAACAAUAUAAAACAUGCAAAUAAUAUCGAUAAAACUCUAAAACCAACAAAAGAUAUCAUGGAAAUUGAAAACAAUAUAGAAGAAACAAACAAAAUUUUAAAGGAAUCUCAGGAAAUCAUGGAAAUUGGAAAUAACAGUAUAGAAGCAGCAAAAAAAAUUGACGGAAUUCCAAAGGCAAAUCAAGAAAUGGAAACAGAAAACGAUAAUAUAGAAAUUUCAAAGGAAUCUCAGGAAAUCAUGGAAAUUGAAAACAACAAUAUAGAAGCAGCAAAGAAAAUUGACGGAAUUCCAAAGGCAAAUCAAGAAAUGGAAACAGAAAGCAAUAAUAUAGAAAUUUCAAAGGAAUCUCAGGAAAUCAUGGAAAUAGAAAACAAUAAUGCAGAAACAGCAAACAAAAUUGAUGGAAUUUCAAAGGAAUCUCAAGAAAUCAUGGAAAUUGAAAAUAACAAUAUAGAAAAGAGAAUUGACGGAAUUCCAAAGGCAAAUCAAGAAAUCAUGAAAAUUGAAAACAAUAAUAUAGAGGCAGCAAACAAAAUUGAUGAAACUCCAAAGAAAUCUCAAGAAAUCAUGGAAAUUGAAAAUAACAAUAUAGAAAAGAGAAUUGACGGAAUUCCAAAGGCAAAUCAAGAAAUCAUGAAAAUUGAAAACAAUAAUAUAGAGGCAGCAAACAAAAUUGAUGAAACUCCAAAGAAAUCUCAAGAAUUCAUGGAAAUAGAAAACAACAAUAUAGAAAUAGCAAAAAAAACUGACGAAAUUUCAAGGGCAUCUCAAGAAUUCAUGGAAGUUGAAAACAACUAUAUAGAAGAAGAACAAGCAUAUAAAAUCGAAGAAACUCUAAAAUUAUCAAAAGAAAUGAAAAUUAAUGAAAUUCCAAAUUUAUCGAAAGAAAUAAUGAAAUUUGAAAACAGCAGCAUCAAUGUAGAAAUGUCGAAAAUUCUCGAUGAAACUCCAAUGUCAAAAGAAGUCAGAGAAAUUGAAAAUACAAAUUUAGGAAAAACAAAAAAUCUCGACAAAACUCCAUUCCCAAAAGAAAACAUGGAAAUUGAAAACAUUAAUUUAGAAAGAACAAAACAAAUCGACAAAAUUGCUAAUGAAAUUGCUGAAAAAGCUGAAAAAGCAAGUAGAUUUAACGAAAUUACGGAAUUUGAAAUAGAGAAAAUGGAUAAUAUUUCGACAGGAGAUGAAAACAACAUUUUGCAACAGAAAAACUACUUGAAAAGAAAUCUUGAUGAAAUGAAUAUAAAUGAAUUUGAUGAAAAAGAAUGUAAUAAUAAUAUAUCAAAGAAGCUUUAUCUUGAUCGAUAA